AAAUAUUUAUAACGGAUGCUAAAAAUGAGAAUAAAUAUCACACCAAUCACAGCAAGUAAGAUGGAUUGAUUAUCGCGUGAUGUGAAAUUCUUAUAUGGUGGGAAAACGCCAAAUCGAUAAAUGCUAUCUUAAAUUUUCACAGCAAGUAGUUUAUAUUUCUCAGUUAUUUAAAUAUAAAAUAUAUAAUGAAAGAAAGUGAUGAUAAAUUUCAGGAUGCUACUUUAGCAAACAAUUCGCCUGCUGCUGGUGAAAAAGAGAAUGGCCGUCAAGCUGCAUUAGACGUAGGAAUUGCGACUAACAAUGAUACAAAUAUAACAAAUAGUGAUAAAGUUGAUAAAGUUCGCGAACUAUUGGGUCAAAGAAUGACUCCGGAAGAAAGGGAGAGAAAAAAGAAAGAAUUAAUUGAAAAACAAAAGGAAGCUCGUCAACGAGCUGGGCGAACUGAAGAAGUACAGUUAAAUGGGGAAAAUACUAAUGUUACAGAUACUAAUGCUACUAAUGCUAUUCAGCCUACACAGCCAAGGGAGAACUUAAUACUUCCAGCAAUAAAAUUUUUAUCUAGCCCGCAAGUCCGUAAUGCGAAUGAAGACAAAAAAGUUAAAUUCUUGUUAAGUAAAGGCUUAACGCAAGCAGAAAUUGAUAUUGCUAAAAAUAGAGUAGAUAAAGAGCAAUCGGUAACUCCUCCAGUUGUCAACCCACGGAUGAUGGGUUCUGAAACAAUAACACAACCGCCAACUGACCCAACUGACCCGCCACCUGUUCCACCACGCACGUAUCAAAUGACGGCGACAAGAACUCCAUUAUGGAGACAACUGAUAGUAGUCUUACUGGUUACAGGCGCUUUUAGUGCCGCGAUGAUCGCGGUAAUCAAGAAAUUCCUUGGUCCUGCAGUUACGGCCAUUAUUUUUGCCAAGCAACAAUUAUUUUCCCAUCAACUUAAUCUUUUCAGAAUGUUUAACGAAAGUCUUUCGACAAUUUUGUCUUUACGUAAAUCAACUUCACCUAGUAAACCUCUUGAGAGAAAUAACGUUAAUGAAGAUGAUGAAUCGCUCACACCAUAUGAAAUAGAUGAAAUUUCUACUCCACCUACUUUACUUGCUCCUCUUGCCACUGAUCUAUCUGAAUUAACUGAAAAAUUAAGUAUACAUCAACAAAAUUUAGCAAAAUAUGAUACAAUGCCAGAUCUACAACUUUCUUUGACAUCUUUAGCAACGUAUCUUUCUUCGAGUAUUUAUUCAUUUUCUUCUUGGUCAUCUUCAAAUGAUCGUGAUUCUUCUGUUUCACAAGUUCGAAGUGAAAUUCGUAGUUUGAAGGGAUUGUUAAUUAACCGUAGAAAUUUUCCAAAAAUUCCUCCCGUGCCAUCGUAUUCAACUCAAUCGCAACAAUCUUCAUCUCGGUCUCAACAACCUCAGCAACAGGUAGAUACAUUAAAUGAAGACGUAGAAUAAACAUCAUGGAUCUUGGAAAUAAGAUUAAUAUGAACGUCAUUGUAAUAUAUAUAAACUUUGGAAAAACUCCGCUUGUCACUACUAUGUAUUUAUUUUACAUAAUUUUUUGUAAUUUAUACUUAAAUUGUAUAGUUAUCUUAAAUAUUAAAGCAUAUGAUAGACAUUUCCCAAAUAAAACAAAUACUAAGAUUUUUGAACAAUUCAGAAUUAUAAA